AUGAGGUUCGAUAUCACCGUCUUAGCCGUAAGCGUCUUGCUGGCUGCUGGUCUGUUGGCGGUGAUGCGAGGCAUUACCUCGAAACGAAAGGCGUGGAUCAGAGUAGGGCGCUCGCCGGGACCCUUUGGCGUCAACAGAAGAGCGGCGUCACAAGAGUUCCAACUGAAUGGACGGGCAUUGGUACGAGAUGGCUACCGAAAGCACAAGGGCCAGAACUUCGUCAUCCAGACGGCCCACAAGGAACAGCUGGUCAUCGCGCCCAAGUUUCUGCCUGAGAUCCGCAUGAUGCCAGAGUCGAAGCUCAGCCACGCGCAAGUCAUAAUCUACAACUUGGUGGGCGAGCACAUUGGCGCGGAAAUGGCCAUGGAGGGCCACCAGCACAUUGAUGUCGUUCGCGGUCCUCUGACGCGGAGUCUAAAAACGGUGGUCCCAAUUAUGCAUCGCGAGUACCGCCGCGCGAGCGAGGCUAUCUUCAGCCAAAUUCCUAAAGAUAGCAAUCAGAUGAAUGUAUACAGUUUCUGCUACGCCAUGGUCCAAGGUAUAACCUCGACCGUUUUUAUCGGCGAGGACCUCGCGCAUGGCGGCGGAUGGGACAAAAUUGUCAUGGAGUACUUUCCCGAAGCCAUGCGCAUUCGCAAUGCACUCAUACAUUGGCCGCGCCCUAUCCGGCCCAUCGUCAAACCCUUUCUGGUGCCUAAUAAUCAGUUGGAAAUGAUCCUGACAAGAGCAGAGCGUUUUCUUGAGGAGCCGAUCCGGAGGCGACGUGAACCAAACAACCACGACGUCGACAUCCUGAAGUUUCUGGCCGAAUAUAACGGGUCCCCGAGAAAGGUGGCAAUGCAAAGUCUGGGCAUUAUUACAGGAGCGUUGAAUACGUCCACCCAUGCUAUCACGCAAGCCAUCUAUGAUAUCUGCACCCAGCCGCAGUAUAUUGCUGACAUUCGUGCCGAAGCCAUCGAAGCCUUGGCCAGCGAAGGCGGGCAAUGGACAUUGGAAGUUUGCAAGAAACUUCAUCUUCUAGAUAGCUUCUUGAAAGAGUCGUUGCGCUUGCUGGCGCCUGAAGGCCUGGGUGUCACACGCAUCGCGACCUCUUCGUUUGGCCUGUCAGACGGGACAUGGAUCCCUCAAGGCACAUACCUAGCCGUGGCCGGUGAAGCCAUGGCUCUUGACCCUGACUUCUACCAGAACCCAGAGACGUUUGACGGGCGCCGCUUCAUCGACGCUGACGGCUACCCCCUCAAACCUGACCGCGAAUUCAGCGGCAUUGAGCCUGGUAAUGGCAUGUGGGGAAGUGGUCGUCUCACUUGUCCAGGGAGACAUUACGCCAGUGCCUUGAGCAAGAUAAUUGUCGCCAGCCUGCUGCUCAAGUACGAUAUAUCUUUUCCGGAGGGGCAAAAGGAGGGACCACCCGGUACAGAAGAUGAUGCAAAUAUUUUACCUGACGUAACUCAGAUGAUCAUCUUAUCAGAACGCGAGUGA